AUGAUUCCAGGCUUCAAGGAUCAGCUUACCAGUGCUUCAAUCUCAGAAGAUGACAUUGAAGCUAUAAGCAAACUAGCCCUCAAAGGUUCAAUCAUUGACUGGAUUACACCAAAGGCUCAGAAUUUGGACCCUCCACUUCAUCAAAACAUCAAGUCUACUCAGGGUUUUGGCCAUCCUCAGACUAAACUACAGAGUGGUGAAACACUUGUCACAAGUGACCAAUGGCCUUUGUUUCUUUAUGCUGGCCUUGACUAUGACAGUACAGACCCAUGGAAGGGCUUGCUCCGUAAUAAUCUUUUUGUCUUGGCUUAUAAACACAUAUUUCUAUCUCCAUCAUCUGUCAAUUCCAACACUGAGGCCCGUGCCACUCACUCUUCAAAUGCCCGCUUGCAUGGUAUGCACCAAGUAACACGUGGUUCUAUUGCAUACAUAGCUACACAAGUUCAUUUUGCAUUAUUAGCCCAAUCGGUUUUCUCUCGUACCGACACUAUCACUGACUCCGAGGGGUUCUUUAAUAGCAUCUUGGGUCUUCUCCAAGAUCCCAAUGAGAUUGAGGAGGACAAUGACCUCCUUGCUUGGUGGAAUCACCUGGCACUUGACGUUCUCAAAAACCUUCCACAAGGUGGCAAAUUAUCAUGGUUUGAAGAUAACAAUGAUGGCGAUGAAAUCAAUAUGGAGCAGAUUCUCGAUGGUUCCGAGGCGUUAGAUAUAAGUCAUGCAGGUGGGGAAUUUGAAGCAUUGGCCUCACAGCUCAAAGAUAAUAUCUGGAAAAGGUGCUUCAAGUCUAUUGAUUAA